AUGAAGACAACUCCAUCCGACCAUGAGCUCAUCAGAAAUGCAAUUGCGAACAUUGCGAUUGCAUUUGACACCAACGCCGCCUACACGGAGGUUCGAAGUUCGUUUACAGAAGAUUGUGUGGUGGACUAUACGGGAUCGCUUGGCCUCAUGAAUGGCAUCAACACUGUUAUUGAGAAACUGCAGAAUACCAUCGGCCACGUUACUACCUUUCGCAGAUUGAGCACGCAAGCUAUACAUCUCACCGGCAAGGAUACGGCUGAGGCUACGACGUGUUGCUCCGCGAGUCAUUACGUCGGCGGUAAGUCGUUCUUCGCUGAAGCGACAUAUUUCGAUAAGCUCGUCAAAGUGACUGAGGGAAGCACUACAAAAUGGUUGAUCAACUAUCGCUUGACCACGAUGAUGGGCGUUCCACAGGGCGAUGUCUCCAUUUUCAACAUGGACUUGGAAGGAUGGGUUGACACCUUGAAGGCGUGA